UGGUGAAGGCGUGUCCUUUUUUGUCGCUUUGCGUUUCCUUCGCGCGCGUUACUAGCGUUUGUGUGAGCUUGUUACCGGUUGAACACGAGGAGGAAAAAUGAGCAAAGCGCACCCACCGGAGCUUAAAAAGUUUAUGGACAAGAAGCUGUCAUUGAAAUUAAAUGGUGGAAGACAUGUGCAAGGAAUUCUCCGGGGGUUUGAUCCCUUCAUGAACCUUGUAGUUGAUGAGUGCGCUGAGGUAUCGGGAAAUGGGCACCAGAACAACAUUGGCAUGGUGGUUAUACGAGGAAACAGCAUAAUUAUGCUGGAAGCUUUGGAACGAGUUUGAAGUUGAGCCUGUAUCAGAUACCUCUCCCCCAGCCUGCGAGUGUGGAUGACGUGUACCAGGAUGCGUUCCUGCUACAGAAUGGCAUUUUUUGUUUGUGUAUUUUGUAUUAAAAUGUUUAUAUAGAG